GGCGACGAGGCGACGAUGGAUUCGCCGGCGCCGGCAGCGAGUCCUGCGCAGGUUCACCGGAGGGGGCGGCGUUGGAUCUUGGCACGCUCGAUCGGACCGGAUUCAGUGCUGCUCGAGCUCGACUGCUCCUCCCAUCGAUGUAACUCUCUCACUUUCUUCUCUCUAGAAUGAAUCCGAGUGCUCCUCCCUCCGUAUUUGAUUCCAAGUUUUCGACUACUAGUUUUCUCAUCCAUCACUCUACCUGCUACUCCAUCCGUUUUAGGUUUCAGGUUAUAAGAUGUUUUUAUUUGUUCAAAGUCAAACUACUCUAAGUUUGACUAAGUUUAUAAAUAAAUAUAGUAAUAUUUAUAAUACUAAAUUAUUUUUAUCAAAUCAAUAAUUAAAUAUAUUUUUAUAAUAAAUUUGUCUUUUAUUGAAAAUGUUACUAUUUUUUUCUAUAAAUUUGGUCUAAUUUAAAGUAGUUUUGACUUUACAAAAGUUAAAACGUGUUAUAACCUCUGAAACGGAGGAGGUAGUAGUAACUGCUAGUCCUAAUCGUUUUCGGAUUAUUCCUAGUGCCAUCCAUACCUUCUCUAAAUUAAUCCGAUUAGAGCGCAUGUUAUAAAUUUAAUACGUACGCUUGCUUCAUCUUCUUCUUCACCAUCCAUGGACUUGAAGAAGGCCAACAACAACAGCAACAAGAGGCAGCGCAAGAGCACCACCACCACCACCAGCGUCGUCGGGCCCGACAAUGGAGGGCUUCCGCCACGGCGCAGCAGCCGUAUCGCGGAGAGGAAGAACGUCGUCAAGAGGGCUCGCCACCGCCACGACGGCGAGCAGCCGGCAACAAGCCGCUGCAGCCAGCUCUCCGGCGAGAUGCCAGAUGAGAUGGUGCUCGAGUUGCUCGCCCGCCUGCCGGUGAAGUCCCUCCUGCGGCUCAGGGCGGUCUCCAGGCCAUGGCGCGCCGCCAUCUGCGCGCCCUCCUUCGUCGCCGCGCACCUCCGCCGCUCCGCCGCCAGGCACCGCUGGGAGCCGACCCUCCUCAUCGCGCCACAGCUGCUCGACGACGCCGAGCGCGACAUCAUAUGGCUGACCAACUUCUCCGACACCAUCCGCCUCUACCAAUGGCGGCGGCGGCGCAACGGACAGACGGAGGAGGAGCAGGUCGGUGCCGGUGCCAGUGCCAGCCUAAUCUUCAGGAGAAGCUUCCAUGGCGAGUUCAGGUCGGUGUUCCAGCUCAGCCAUUGCAAUGGCCUCAUGCUGGUGCCCACCGACACCACCUCCUACGUCGUCAAUCCGGCCACCAGGAGCGCCAUUGCUCUCCCCGAAAGCCGCCGCCGCCGCCGCCGCCGCGCACUUCCCCAGGCGACCGGGUUCGGCCAUGACCCUCACACGGGCACGUACAAGGUCGCCCGCUGCUUCGUCCGCUCCGGCGACGGCGUGGUGCCGGAAUCCACCACCACCGGGAUGGAGCUCUGCACCAUCGGCGGCAAUGGCGGCGUCUCCGUCGGUUCUUGCUGGAGGGAGAUCGUCGCCGACACGCCCUACCCCGUCCUCGUCUGGCACACCGCCACCUUCUUCAGGGGCGCCCUCUUCUUCACCACCUGCCACGACACGGCGGCGCGGCCGCCGCAGGAGAGCCGGCUGCUGCGCCUCUGCCUGCGAGACGAGACGUUCAGCGUCGUCGCGCCGCCGCCGCCAUGCCGGCCGCCGUUCCUCCACGAGGCCUUCCACCUGAGCGAGCUCAACGGUGUACUGUGCCUGGCCCACGCCGCCGGCGCCGGCGACGAGGGGACGUCGACCUCGUCGUCGGUGGUGAUCUGGAUGACGGAGGACGGCGUGAGCCCGCGGUGGAGCAAGAGGUGCGUGUUCACGUCGACGAGCAUGUUCAUCCCGAUCGCGCUGUUUCAUCAUGGCGGCGGCGGAGGCGGCGGGGUGAUCGGCAAGAGAGGUGAUCUCUUGUUCUUCCUCGGCGACGAUGACGACGGAGAAGACGAGAGCAGAAUCGGAGAGGGGAAGGAGGAGGAAAAGCAGGUGGUUUGCUUGAAUGGCAUGACGUACCAUGAUGAUGAACAGGGCAGGCACACCGUGGUAGUAGGGAGUUCUUGGGAGAAUCUACAUUACUACAAACUGAUCCCCUACACGGAGAGUCUUGUUCCCAUAUAAUAAAACUUAAAUUAACCACACCCUCCGUCUCGAAAAGAAUCACCUUCUUCAGGUAUCUGAAUAUGUAUUCGUCCGGAUUCAUUUUCAAAAAGUUGGUUUUUUAUUUGAUGGAGGGAGUAAGCUUAGAUGCAUCUUAAAUUAACCACUUGGUUUUUUAUCAAGUGGUGAUGUGUUGGGUGUUUUGUUGUCGUCUGGAAUAUUUAUAUCUAAGCAACAUCAUUAUGUAUUUUUUUUUCUAAGUAGUUUGUCCAGCUUGUACAUUGUGCUGCUCCUCCAUUUUGUGUGAAUGUCAGAAUUUAUGUUUUGCCCUUGUUGGCGUGUUGUGUGAACUAUGUACGUAUUUAUUCAGACAAGAUCAUUACGAGUAGAGGAAGAUUCUACCGGCAAUUAAGUUGUUUUUCCAGCUUAUAAAAUUGUGCUGCUCCUCCGUUUUGUGUGGAAAGUAGAAUAUAUAUGUAUUACUCUUGUUGUCUGAAAUAUGUAUGAUCAGGGAAGGUUUGGAAGUUUUCAGAUUCUACUGGCAAUUAAGCUGCUGCAUAAUACUACCAACAACAUUAUACUGGAAACUUGGAAGGAAUUAGAGGGCCAGGUCAGUAUGUAAUAAAAAGCCAUUUGCGCCCCAUUUCUGUGCGCCAUUCACUGGGAUGAAAACCGUACCGGUACGUUUGUCAUUACCGAUUGUUUCUGAUCGUCUUGAAUUGAAGUUGAUGCCACUAAAUAGUUAAUUUCAUAAAUAUAAAAAAUUCCUAACCAUACUGAUAUUGUUUAUGUAAAAAAAAAUUGAUAUCGUUUUCAGCCGUUUUCAUCACAUCGAUGUACAGCCAAUGAGCCAAACUGUUGCAAAUAAACACGAGUAAAUUUCAAUAAGAAAAAAAAACUCAAGAAAUAUCUACGAAUAUGGUACUGAUACCACCUCACUUCUCAAUUUCAGUCCAAUCACGACAUUCACAGAUCGGCGAAGAUCAAACGCACACAGUUACACCAAUCGAAAUUAAACCAUGUUUCACUUUCUUAGCACCUCAUUUUUCCUGUUUCCUAAACUCA